AUGGUUUCUAUCGACGAGAUGGUACAGUGUGAGAACGGCUGGAAUAGCAGGUGUCGUCUUCCUGAUCCUCUGAACUACGUCUGUGGUAUGGAGUCAUGUCUGGAAUACUAUACUUCAGACGCUCCAAAGCCUCCCUCUGUGUCAGUGAGUCCCUCUGGUGAGAUCAUGGAGGGCAGCUCGGUGACUCUGACCUGCAGCAGUGAUGCUAACCCAGCAGCUAACUACACCUGGUACAAGAGAAGUGGAGAUAAACAAGUUCAACGUCUCAGUGAAGAGACACAAUUUGUCCUCAGCUCCAUCCGGUCGUCAGACUCUGGAGAGUAUUACUGCACAGCUGAGAAUGAGCUGGGAAGGAGUUCAGCAAACAUCUCUAUCACUGUGACAUACGCUCCAAAGCCUCCCUCUGUGUCAGUGAGUCCCUCUGGUGAGAUCAUGGAGGGCAGCUCGGUGACUCUGACCUGCAGCAGUGAUGCUAACCCAGCAGCUCACUACACCUGGUACAAGGAGGACGAGGACUCACCAACAGCAUCAGGACAAAACUUCACCAUCACUGAUAUCACAGCUGAACAUGGUGGAAAGUAUCAGUGUGAGGCCCAGAACACACACGGACGGAGAAACACCACCUUCCAUCUGACUGUUGGAGCAGGGAAGUCAGUGAUAAUCAUGCAUAUCAUCAGGUGCACUCUGGUGGUCGUGCUGGUUCCAGUGCUGGUCUGGACUCUGUGGACGAGGAUGAAGAAAACUCUGAGCUUGAAAUCAGAAGUGAAUGAAGCUGUGGAGAUGAUAGAGUUACACAACUCUCCUGAGUAUGACGACAUCGAUGCUGCAGCACAGACAGAAGACACCGAGGAGCAGGAAGACCUGGUGUUAAGCCUCAGGUGCACUGUGAUUGGUUGA